CACUCCACCACACCUACCGUCACUCUCCCCCCACUAUUAUUAUCUCUCAGAAAUCCCCAUCCCCACACUUACCCAUUUCAUCUCUCUCUCUCUCUCUUUCUCUCUCUCUCAGAUUCUCUCUUUCUGUCUUUUUUUCUCAGCUUGAUUAGCUCUACCCUCUUGAGUUUCUGGCCAUAAUCUCUGCAUAACCAUGGCUGUUUUAGUGUAUUUGGUGCUUUUACUAGCACUUGCCGGCCAUUCAAAUGGAGCUACUUACUGCUUGUGCAAGGAUGGAUUAAGUGAUGCAGCACUGCAAAAAUCCCUGGAUUAUGCAUGUGGAGCUGGAGCUGACUGCACUCAAAUUCUUCAAAGUGGUGCUUGUUUUCAACCCAACACUGUCAAAGAUCAUUGCAGCUAUGCUGUUAACAGUUAUUACCAGAAGAAAGGUCAAGCUGUUGGGAGCUGUGAUUUUUCAGGAACUGCUACUACCAGUGCCAAUCCUCCUUCAAGUGUAGCGUCUGGGUGUGUUUAUCCUACAAGUACUACAGGGACAGGAACCACCACUACUCCAACCACAGGCACAGGAACUGGGACAGGCACUGGCACAGGCACUGGAACAGGCACAGGCACAUCAGGGCUGACUCCAACUUUUGGGUUGGGCCCAACAGGAAGUGGCACUGGCAUUGACAAUUCUGGUGUGGCUCCCAUUGAAGUCACUAGCAGCAUGCUCUUGGGCCUCUGGUUUCCAGUCCUACUUUUGGUGUUUUGAGGAUGAAAGCUAAGAAGAUAGCAAGUGGGUUUUGAUGUGUGGAUGAGAUUUUGCCAUGGAUAGAUGAUGGGGCAUGCAAUUUUACCCUAGGGGAUCUAGAGACAAACCCCAGUAAGGUUUUAGGUUUCUUUCCUCUAGUGUUAAAAAACCUGGGAAUUUGAUUCCCUAUAAUGAGGGGCUAGAACCUGAUCUUUCUUUGCUGAUGUUUUUUCUUUUCUUUCUUUUUCCUUUUGUAUAUCUAGAGAGAGCUAGUGUAUUUUUUUUUUUUUGAUCUUAAUGAAAAAUUGGUACCCAUCCACUAA